AUGGGUCUGAUCAACUUCAAGAAGGGCGAUGCCUUCGAGGCGCCCUCCAAAGCUGAAAUGGCCGGCGAUGUCUCCGCCGCCGAACAAGGAACCCUCUCCAAUGCGGAGCACAUCGAGCUGCAUCGCGGCCUCCAGGCUCGCCAUAUAACCAUGAUUGCUAUCGGUGGUGCCAUCGGAACUGGUUUGAUUAUCGGCACCGGUAAUGCACUUGCAAAGGCUGGCCCCGCCGCCAUCCUCAUUUCCUACUCCUUCAUCGGUUUUAUCGUCUAUCUCGUCAUGUGUGGCCUCGGAGAAAUGGCCACUUGGUUACCCAUGCCCUCUGGUUUCACCGGUUAUGCCACGCGCUUCUGUGAUCCCGCCCUCGGAUUCGCCAUCGGCUGGACGUACUGGUUCAAAUAUAUCAUUGUCACACCAAAUCAACUCACUGCCGCCGCGCUGGUCAUCCAGUACUGGGUCCCCGCUGAUCGAAUCAACCCAGGCGUUUGGAUCACCAUCUUCCUCGUCGUAAUCAUUUGCAUCAACUACUUCGGCAUUCGCUUCUUCGGCGAAUUUGAAUUCUGGCUCUCCUCCUUCAAGGUCAUCGUCAUCUGCGCCCUCAUCCUGCUCUCCUUCAUCCUGAUGUUGGGAGGAGGCCCCGACCACGACCGCAAGGGUUUCCGCUACUGGAAGGACCCCGGAGCAUUCAACACCUACAUCGACACCGGCGCCAGCGGACGUUUCUACGCCUUCUGGGCCACCAUGGUGUCUGCCACCUUUGCCUACCUGGGUACCGAGCUGGUCGGUGUGACCGUGGGCGAGGCCCAGAACCCGCGCCGCACCAUCCCCCGCGCCAUCAAGCUGACCUUCUACCGAAUCGUCUUCUUCUAUGUCCUGAGUGUCCUCCUCGUGGGCACCUUGGUCCCCUACGACUCGCCCUUGCUCCCCUACAACUCCAAAGAUCCCAAAUUGUCCAAACAGACCAGCACCGCCGCGGCCUCCCCGUUCGUCGCCGCCAUCAAGCUGGCCGGCAUCCCUGUCCUUCCGGACAUUUUGAACGCCUGUAUCCUGGUCUUCGUUUUCUCCGCCGCCAACUCGGAUCUCUACAUCGCCACCCGAACCAUCUAUGGUCUGGCUCGCGAGGGUAAGGCGCCGCGCUUCCUCUGCCGCACCGAUAAGCGCGGUGUGCCUGUGCCCGCCCUGAUUCUCUGCGCCGCCAUCGCGUGUAUCGCGUACAUGAAUGUGUCCAACGACUCCAAGCAAGUCUUCUCUUACUUUGUCGACUUGGUCACCAUCUUUGGUCUCCUGACCUGGGUCUCGCUGCUGGUGACGCACAUCUACUUCGUGCGCGCGCGCAAGGCGCAGCAGGUGCCGGACAGCGAGAUCAAGUACAAGGCGCCCUUUGGCGUCUGGGGCUCGUAUUUCGCCCUGUUCUGGUGUAUCGUCAUCUGUCUGACCAAGAGCUUCGACUGCUUUACCCACAACCCCAAAUGGGGCAACUUCAACUACAAGACCUUCAUCACCUCGUAUCUCGGCAUCCCGCUCUACAUCAUCCUCAUCUCCGGGUACAAGAUCGUCACCCGUUGCAAGGGAAUCAAGCCGCAUGAGGCGGAUCUUUAUACCGGCAAGGAUAUCAUUGACCGCGAGGAGGAGGCCUUCCUGGCGGCCAAGGCAAUGGAGGAGGAACAACAAGGUCAUAAUGGAAGCUGGUUCUACCGGACGUUUGUGUCCUGGUUGUUUUAA